CAAGGCUGAUUGGCAGGGGGCCCCGCCUUCUUUUGUCCUCCUCCCCUGAUACUCUGGCCCCUCAGGGAAAUACACCUGUCCCCAGCCUGAGCCGCCAGUUCUCCUCUGCUCCUCACACCUGCUGUGUGCUGCGGAGCUUGCCCGGGGGCCCCGAGGGAACCUUGCUGGACCAUGAGGGGGGCCCGGGGCAGAAGGGUCCCCUGGGUGUUCCUGAGCUGCUUGUGUUCCUGCCUCCUCUGGCCCGUGGUCCCGGGGAAAGCAGGUUCUUCUACAACAAUAAACACUACUAACACGGUUAGUACGAACUCUGCAAAGAGCAGUCACUCAGCAGCAAAAACGUCCACUCCCUCAUCCACCCCAAGUGACCACAUGACUUCAGGUGCAACGACCGAGGACACGGCCAUGUCUGGCACACCAAGCACUUCGUCCCCUUCCAGUGUCAGCCACACACCUUCCGCAGUGACAGAAAUACCCACACCAUCAGCCUCACCUGGGGACACCUCAUCAUCUUCCAGCAAAAGCAACACAUCAGCAACAACAUCACACGUCCCCACAGAGUCAAUAGUAGGAAACGGCACUGCUGUCAACACAGGGUCCAUGCCACCAGGUGUCACGGGAAGUGUUACUCCAGUCAGCUCAACAGGCUCAAUGACAAGUGGACCAGAGGGACACUCAACAGCACAUUCCACCCUGACUUCUACUCCGGAGACAACAGUGUCAUCUCAGGGUCACACGACCCAGACCAUGGAGACCAGCACAGAGUCUGCAACCAGCAGUGUCCCAGCGAUGAUCACAUCCUCUCCCUCAUCCUCCCAAAGAGGAGACACUCCUACAGAUGGCACAACCCAGGACACGACCAUGUCUCACACACCAAACACUUCGUCCCCUUCCAGUGUCAGCCACACACCUUCCACAGUGUCAAAAAUGGCCACGCCAUCAGUCUCCCCUGGUGACACCUCUUCGUUUCCCAGUGGAAGCAACACAUCACCAACGACAUCACAGGUCCCCACAACAUCAAUUGCAACAGACACCCCAGCAGGGACCACAAGGUACACGUCACUACCGGUAAUGGGAAGUGUUACCCACAUCAGCUCAACAGGCCUAAUGACAAGUGGACCAGGGGGACACUCAACAGCACACUCUUCCCUGACUUCUACUCUGGAGACAACAUCGUCAUCUCAGGGUCACAUGACCCAGACCAUGGAGACCAGCACAGAGUCUGCAGCCAGAAGUGUCUCCGCUGCGAUCACAUCCACUCCUUCAUCCUCCCAAAGUCAACACACAACUACAGAUGACUCGACCCAGGACACGGCCUUGUCUGACACACCAAGUACUUUGUCCCCUUCCAGUGUCAGCCACACAGUUCCCACACUAUCAGAAAUGGCCACACCAUCAGCCUCCCCUGGUGACACUUCAAGAUCUUCCAGUGGAAGCAACACAUCAGCAACGACAUCACAGGUCCCGACGACAUCGAUUGCAACAGACACCCCAGCAGGAACCACGGGACACACGUCACCACCUGAAACGGGAAGUGUUACACCAGUCAGCUCAACAGACUCAAUGACAGGUGGACCAGGGGGACACUCACCAGCACACUCUUCCCUGACUUCUACUCCAGAGACAACAUCGUCAUCUCAGGGUCACAUGACCCAGACCAUAGAGACCAGCACAGAGUCUGCAACCAGCAGUGUCUCAGCGAUGAUCACAUCCACUCCCUCAUCCUCCCGAAGUGAACACACACCUACAGAUGACUCGACCCAGGACAUGGCCUUGUCUGACACACCAAGUACUUCAUCCCUUUCCAGUGUCAGCCACACACCUUCCGCAGUGACAGAAAUACCCACACCAUCAGCCUCCCCUGGGGACACUUCAAGAUCUUCCAGUGGAAGCAACACAUCACCAAUGACAUCACAGGUCCCGACGACACUGAUUGCAUCAGACACCCCAGCAGGGACCACGGGACACACGUCACCACCUGAAACAGGAAGUGUUACUCCAAGGAGACACUCCUACAGAUGGUACAACCCAGGACACGGCCAUGUCUGGCACACCAAGCACUUCAUCGUCUUCUACUAUCAGCCACACACCUUCCGCAGUGACAGAAAUACCCACACCAUCAGCCUCCCCUGGGGACACCUCAUCAUCUUCCAGUGA